AUGGCUGGUACUGCUGAAGAUGAAGUUCUUCGGGAAACAUUUAUGGUUAAGAGAUCCCAGAAUAAGAAAAUUUUUACACCAGUCAACUAUAAGGAGCGUUGGUUUGUUCUCACUCGAAAAGCAUUAAUCUACUAUGAUUCAGAUGGACAAAAACGCAAAGAGCGAGGGCGUAUUUCAACUGAUACUAUACACACAGUGGAACAAGCUCAACUAGGGGAACUUAGCAAACAGAUACCGGAUGGUGACAACGAAAAGGCACCAAGUUAUAGAUACCCUUUCCAGGUGGGAUAUACGGAGCAGAAUACAGACUACACGUUGUACCUGGCUGCACGCGAACAUUCUGAGAGAUUGAAUUGGAUACAUGAUAUUAGGACAGUGUGCAUAUCGAACACGCGUCGGGCGCGCUACCACCCCGCUGUGUGGGCGGCACGCCGCUGGUCUUGUUGCGACGCGGAACGGCGCUCAGCCCCGGGUUGCGCCCUCACCGCCGUCUGGCCCCUGCCGGAGCCCGAUCUACAGCUCAUAUUACACGAACCAACAAAUCUUAGUCUAACCGUCACAGCUGCAGUCACCAUGCCCGGCGGAGGCAGUGGCCCUCCUGGGACACCAUCGGCAAAACCCAAAGAAAAGCGAACGAAAGUCGUCGUAGCGCUUUAUCCCUUCAAAGCCAUAGAGAGUGGAGAUCUGUCUCUUGAAAAGGGAGCUGAAUAUGAAGUUAUCGACGAUUCACAAGAGCAUUGGUGGAAAGUCAAAGAUGAAAAUGGAUUAGUCGGUUACAUUCCAAGUAAUUAUGUUAAAGAAAAGGAAACGAUUGGAUUGCAAAAAUACGAAUGGUACGUAGGAGAAAUGUCUCGUCAACGUGCAGAAUCUCUUCUUAAACAGGAGGACAAAGAGGGCUGUUUCGUUGUGCGAAACUCUUCCACAAAGGGAAUGUAUACACUCUCACUCUAUACCAAAGUUACCCAUCCACAAACGAAACACUAUCAUAUAAAACAAAACGCUCGCGGCGAGUUCUACCUGUCAGACAAGCAUUGCUGCGUCAGUAUCCCCGAGCUGAUUAACUACCACAAACACAAUAGUGGGGGACUCUGCUCAAGACUGAAGGCCACGCCCUGUGAUCGACCAGCGCCACCUACGGCGGGAUUGUCCCACGAUAAAUGGGAAAUAGAUCCCUCGGAGCUAGUGCUACUAGAAGAAUUGGGCGCGGGCCAGUUCGGUGUGGUGCGUCGCGGGAAGUGGCGCGGACGCAUCGACACCGCUGUCAAAAUGAUGAAAGAGGGCACCAUGUCUGAAGACGACUUCAUAGACGAGGCGAAAGUCAUGACCAAAUUACAACAUCAGAACCUGGUGCAGCUGUAUGGCGUCUGCUCGAAACAUCGGCCCAUCUACAUAGUGACGGAAUACAUGCGGCACGGUUCCCUCUUCAACUAUCUGCGCCGUACUUCGCCGGAUCAGCUGGGACCGGCUGUACUACUUGACAUGUGCAUACAGGUGUGCAAGGGAAUGUCGUACCUAGAAAGACAUAAUUAUAUUCACCGAGACUUAGCUGCAAGAAAUUGUUUAGUUGGAGACGAAAAUGUUGUCAAAGUGGCAGAUUUUGGUUUGGCGCGAUAUGUUCUAGAUGACCAAUACACAAGUUCCGGUGGUACCAAGUUUCCUAUUAAGUGGGCGCCGCCGGAAGUACUCAACUACACCAGAUUCUCAUCGAAAUCGGACGUCUGGGCUUUCGGUGUGUUAAUGUGGGAAGUCUUCACUUGCGGCAAAGUGCCGUACGGACGUAUGAAGAACUCUGAAGUAGUAGAGAUGGUGCAAAGAGGACAGGUGCUCGAAAAACCUAAAGGAUGUCUCAAUGAAAUUUAUAAUGUAAUGAGAGCGUGUUGGCGGCACGCGCCCGACGAGCGGCCCUCGUUCCGGGUGCUCAAAGAGGAGCUCGCGCAGAUCGCUCACACCGUGCUCGCCGAUUGA